AUGCGUCCCUCAACUAACCCAACCCGGCUCCUCGCCGCCCUCCUCGCCCUCACCACCCUGACCACCGCGUUCAGCGAGCGCAAGCAGGACCCCGUGUGCGAGUCGUGCGACAACAUGCUCAGGAAGUGCUCUAACGAUGGCUGCAUCGGCACGCGCUUCGAGGGCGAAGACGACGUGCAGCAGUACUCGUGCAUGAACGCAUGCAUGUGCGCGCUGUCGGCGCAGUUCGAGGACUGCCGCGUCGAGUGCAUGUACAACUGCGAAGAGACGUCUCCGUCGUGGUUUGGGCCCGAGACGUGGGGGCCGCUGAUUCUGCACGGGGAUGAGGCGAAGGAGAAGAGGAGGAAGGAGGAGGAGAGGAAGAAGAAGGAGGAAGAGGAGAAGAAGGCGAAGGAGGACGAGAAGGCUAGGCAGGAGUUGGAGAAGGUUAAGGAGGAGUUGGAGAAGGCUAAGCAGGAGUUGGAGAAGGCUGAGCAGGAGAAGGCUAAGGAGGAGGAGGCGAAGGCGAAGGCGAAGGAGGAGAAAAGGAAGAGCAGGCUCGGUUGAGCUUGAUACCCCCGGUAUGUCCCAGUCAUCUGCAUGGG